AUGUAUGUUUCCAGGGUGUACGUCGUGCGAAUCAAGUGUGAGAAACACGCGGACACGCAGAACAAGCUGCUGAGCAUUGUCAACGGCCUCUUCCCCAAGGGCUCUAAGUCAGUGCUGCCCAAGAAUGUCUCCAGUACAGUAUUUGUCAAAAUUAUCCACUUUAUUGCACAGGAGAAACUCGACUUCGCCAUGACUGAGAUCAUCUUUGAUCUGUUGGGCGUGAAUCGCUUGCAGAAGCUGGUCCUUACACCCGAGCGCAUGAAUAUCGGUCUUCGUGCCUUCCUUCUUAUCGCACACGGACUUCAACAGAAAGAUGGGGAGCCACCGAUGCCACAGAAUCAGCCUCUUGCUGGUUGUGGCGGUGGUGGUGCCUACUCAUCGGUGCAUCCCCGGGGUUCUGGCAAUGUACGUCGCUCCUUCCAUGGAACCACAUUGGACGACGCGCUGUGCGAACGGCUGGGCAUUCGACCCUACCUUGUGCCAGUGCGUAAAGCCUUUGAAGCUAUUCUGCGGCUGCUGGAGCCGCAAGUUUGUCGUAGUAUGAUGCCACCGAAACAAGGAGCGCCGAUCAAGGACGAUGAUGCAGCCCCCAAUGAUCGUAAGCCGAAGAUAGAUCUGCUGAAAACCUGUGUGAACUGCAUUCCUCGUCUGCUGCCCUACGAGAUGUCGCGUACCGAAUUAAUCGAACUGUUAGCCAGGGUCUCGCUCAAUGUGGAUGAGGAGAUUCGUAUGAUGGCGCAGCAGACCAUGGUCAAUCUCAUCAUCGAGUCUCCCGCCUACCGACAACGCACUAUUCAGGCCUUCAUCCAAUUCAUUCAGAAGUACGUCCCGGACACUGCGCCGCAUCAAUUGGACAGUUGUCUCAAGACCCUCCAUACACUACUGGUCAACUGGAAGAUCGCCCUUCAAAGAAGGGGACAGGGUUUGACACCUAAGGCUGGCUACGCACUAACAAUCGUCAUUAAUUUCAUCACUCAGGAUGCAGCAGUGACCACCAGCUUGUCGGAGAAGUCGGCCCUCGUAGAGGCAGAGGGAUUCGCUUUGGUGAUGCUCUGCCAAUGUCGUCCCCUUGCUCGCCGGCUCGCCGUCCAUAUUCUACGCGAAUCGCGAGCCGUUUUACGGCUCAUUAAUCAGGUCGCAGCGGCAGCAGCACAGCAACACCAAGAACAAGGCCACGAGGACUCGAUUCAGAAUAUCUCCUCUUCCGCUAGUGUUGCCGCUGCAUCUAAUACCUCGGUAAUUGACAUUCUGGACAGCCUGGCGCCGACGAUUCUGGAACGGAUUUUGCCGCUCUUGCCACCCAAUGAAAGACACGACCUGACAAUUCUGUCGACGGUGGACUUCAAGUCACUGGCAGAGCGCGCCACUCCAGUCUGGCUAUGCGGUCCACGACAGCCCUCCACUUGGAAUCAUAAACCGGUUCUCUGCACAACAAGCGUUACUACUUCAACCACACCCUCUUACGUCCAGCGGUUCAGCAGCGGUGGCCUGGGAAGUGCCAAAACUUCAACCGAUACCGAAUCUCAUGGAUUGAACGGUCUCUCAAGUUCCUCCACUUGUUCCUCAUGCGAUAUAUCGAUACCUUCAGACCAAUCUCCGGGGACCAAGGCGUCUCGCUCCGCCACCGCUGCCACCACAUCCGCCGGAAAGUCCAGUUUGGAGACCUCACCCAGCCGAGAUGGGCGCAGAUCCCAGAUGGUUCCACCGCCACCACUGACUGUGACGGGAUCAGCUGCUCUGCGCCCUUCCGCCUUCUGCCAGUGUCUCCUCUCCCCUUACCUCCUACAGCCGCAAAUGGAGUAUAUUCAGUUAACCGACGUUUGGGCUACCGCCCUCUCUGUUUCCCUCUCCACCUCUAGUGCGCUCAGCCUUCACCCUGCUAUGCUCUACACGUGGAAUACUGUCUUCCAGCGGCUAGCACAGGUUUUCUCUCUCAUUGAUCCCAAGUGA